ACCACCUUUCGGCAUCUCCGUCACCUUCACGCCGUCGAUAUAUACACACCAACACACCUCGGAUCGGGACAAUAACCUAACAAUUCCGCCUCACCUCCAGAUAUCGACUUCUCACCUUUUCACGGCGACAUUUAAUAGAUUUUCUUUCGUCGCAUUGCAAUCCCUUUCUGCUUUUCAGCCCUCUUCACCGGUUCCUCCGCCGCCGGCGAUGCGCUCAUUUUCCAGGUACUUUCCUUCUUUUCUAAUUCUCAUUGCCUACUUCUGUGCCUCUUUUCCAAUAAAAAUCUGUGAACUCCACGAGUCGUUUUAGCUCUAGAGAUUUGCCCGAUCAUGCUUCUAAGGGAAAAGAAUGGCCGCCGGAAUUCUCUGCAUGCAAAUCAAUUUUCUUUUCUUUGGAAGUCACACGAGGCAUUAUUUACCGAUUGCUUAGUCAGAGCAAUUCAUGGGUUAGUGUUAGGCCUAUGAAUCUAAGUUACUCCGAUUGCAUCCCGUACCCUAAGUUUACUAAAAUUUAUCAAGUGGUAGUGGUGAUAACAUCCGCUGCUUUGCUUAGAGAAAUUUCGUGUGAUUAGCUUCCGAAUGGAUUACGUUUAAGCUGCCUAGUUUUGGGAAUUAAGGUUUCUUGACAAUCCAUAUGCUUAAAAACAAUCUGAUUGCGGUGGGAAUACUAGAAGUGGUCAGUUGCAAACUAGGGUCGAUACAGCCUAUUCGAAGGAAUAACUUGUUUCCUAAUGAUUUGGGUUCCAGGUGAGGAUUUGAGCUUUGAGCGUCAGAAAUGGCUACCCUUGAAGACAUUUGUUAUUCGGCAGCUAUCAAUCUCCUAUCCGCAAUUGCCUUUCUCUUCGCAUUUGCGAUGCUAAGGCUUCAGCCGGUGAACGACAGAGUAUACUUCCCUAAAUGGUAUCUCAAAGGGAUACGAGGGAGCCCAACACACCAUGGAGGAUUUAUGAAGAAGUUUGUGAAUCUGGAUCCUAGAACCUACAUAAGAUUUUUGAACUGGAUGCCUGCAGCAUUGCGGAUGCCAGAACCUGAACUUAUUGAUCACGCUGGACUUGACUCUGUAGUCUAUAUACGGAUUUACCUUAUGGGGUUGAAAAUAUUUGUUCCUAUAACAUUUCUCGCCUGGGCGGUGUUGGUCCCAGUCAAUUGGACUGGCGGAACACUGGAUAAGAUAAAAGAUCUGACAUUCAGUGAUAUCGACAAGUUGUCAAUAUCAAACAUCCCAGAAAACUCUAUAAGGUUCUGGGCCCAUGCAUCAAUGUCAUAUGUCUUCACGUUUUGGACAUUUUUUGUGAUCUACCAUGAGUACAAGGAAGUAGCGAACAUGCGCCUGCAAUUUUUGGCUGCAGAAAGUCGUCGUGCCGACCACUUCACCGUUCUUGUGAGAAAUGUUCCUGCAGAUCCAGAUGAAUCAGUGACAGAUCACGUCGAGCACUUUUUUUGUGUUAAUCAUCCCGAACACUAUCUCCUUCACCAGGUGGUUUACAAUGCGAACAAGCUUGCAGAUGUGGUUGAGGCGAAGAAGGCGAUGAGGAAUCGGUUAACCUAUUAUCAGAACAAAUACGAUAGAAACCCUUCUACAAGGCCAACCACAAAGACAGGCCUGUGGGGUAUGAUAGGGAGCACAGUGGACGCAAUCGAGUACUAUGAAUCUGAGAUUGAUAAGUUAAUUAAAGAGGAAGAGUUGGAAAGGGAAAAGGUUCUAAGUGAUGCUAAUGCCGUUAUUCCAGCAGCAUUUGUAUCUUUCAAAUCUCGAUGGGCGGCUGCGGUUUGUGCACAAACUCAGCAAUCGAGCAACCCAACAAUGUGGUUGACUGAGAGAGCUCCUGAGCCACGUGAUGUAUACUGGAGUAACCUUGCCAUACCAUAUGUGGAGCAUACUAUUCGAAGGUUUCUCAUGGCGGUUGCUCUCUUCUUCUUGAUCUUCUUCUUUGUCAUUCCUAUAGCGUUUGUCCAGUCUUUGGCCACCAUCGAGGGGAUUGAAAAGGUUUUCCCUUUCUUGAAGCGUCUUAUAGAAGCGGAUUCCGUCAAAUCCAUAGUCCAAGGAUUUCUUCCGGGAAUCGCUCUGAAAAUAUUUCUCAUCAUACUUCCGACGAUCGUCAUGCUGAUGGCCAAAAUAGAAGGAUUCCACUCACUGUCAUCUUUGGAUAGGCGAGCAGCUUCAAAGUAUCACUUGUUCCUUCUCGUCAACGUCUUCCUUGGUAGCAUCAUUACAGGGACUGCACUGGAGCAGCUGAAAACAUUCAUGAAACAGUCUGCAUCGGAAAUCCCACAAACAAUUGGUGUAUCGAUUCCAAUGAGAGCCACUUUCUUCAUCACUUACAUAAUGGUGGAUGGUUGGUCGGGAAUAGCAGCUGAGGUCCUGCGGUUGGUGCCAUUGAUCAUCUUUCACUUGAAGAACACGUUUUUGGUGAAGACCGAGCAAGAUAGAGAGCAAGCAAUGGACCCUGGUUGCAUAAGCUUCCCCAUAUCGGAGCCUCGAAUACAGCUUUAUUUCAUGCUUGGUUUUGUUUAUGCCGCAGUCACACCCUUAUUGCUCCCUUUCAUCCUCGUCUUCUUCGCCUUCGCCUAUGUCAUCUUCCGCCAUCAGAUCAUCAAUGUGUAUGACCAAAAAUACGAGAGUGGAGCAGCUUACUGGCCAGAUGUGCAUCGGCGCUUGAUUAUCGGCCAACUGAUAGCUCAGAUGCUCCUAAUAGGUCUGCUGAGCACAAAGGGAGCCGAGGAACUGACACCUUUUCUCAUCCCUCUCCCUGUUUUGACAAUUUGGUUCCACAAGCUCUGCAAAGGCCGCUUCGAAUCCGCCUUUGUGAAGUUCCCAUUACAGGAAGCCAUGGUCAGGGAUACGCUGGAACGAGCUACCGAACCAAACCUAAACUUGAGAACAUACCUUCAUGAUGCCUACAUUCAUCCGAUUUUCAAGCAUGACCCGUCUGAAAAAACAGAGACGAUGAUCUAUGACGAUGAGGAAGACAAUCCGCUUGUUGCUACUAAGAGAAGCAGAACUCAUCCUCGACCUUGCUCUGUCACCCUCCUCCAACACUACUCCGAGAUCGCCGAGCCCGGAUCCACGAUUGAUGAAUACUAAUGCAUUGUAAUAGAAUGCGUAAUGCAAC